AUGGGACGACUCGAUGGGAAAAACGCCAUCAUUACCGGCGCUGCGGGCGGUAUUGGGCUCGAAACCUCCAUUCUCUUUGCCCGUGAAGGCGCCUCCAUUCUUAUGGCUGACAUCUCUGAGCCCGCCCUUGAAAAAGCACUUGCGAAGGUAAAACAAAUGGCCCCCAACGCCGUCAAGGUCGAAACGAUCAGGUGCGAUGUGUCCAAGGAGGCCGACGUUAAGGCUAUGGUAGAGGCGCAAGACUCCUGGGGCGGAUGUGAUGUCAUUUUCAAUAAUGCAGGCAUCAUGCAUGCUGAUGAUGCGGAUGCCAUCGAUACGCCGGAGAAAAUCUGGGACAUGACUCAAAAUAUAAAUGUCAAAGGAGUGUGGUACGGGUGUAAGCAUGCAGUCAUCAGCCUGCGCAAACACCGCAAGAAGCAUGGAAGCAUCAUCAACACUGCCAGUGUCGUCGCAUUGAUGGGGAGUGCAACCCCCCAAUUGGCCUACACUGCAAGCAAAGGCGCGGUGCUGGCGAUGACGAGAGAGUUGGCCAUCGUCCAUGCUCGUGAGGGAUUCCGAUUCAAUUCUCUUUGCCCCGCACCUUUGAACACCCCUCUCCUGCAAGACUGGCUGGGUGAUGACGUUCCCAAGCGCCAGAGACGCGAGAUCCAUUUCCCCACAGGCCGUUUUGGCGAAGCUGUAGAACAGGCCCAGGCCGUGCUUUUCUUAGCUAGUGACGAGAGCAGUUUUGUCAACGGCACAGACUUUGUGGUUGACGGCGGAAUGACCAAGGCAUACGUGACCCCUGAGGGACCGCCAACGGCAGCGCCAAGAAACAAUGCGAGCUAA